GACAUCAUGGCAUCUACCGCCUCUCAACUUGAACAAGGCUACGAGAAAAUAUUUCGCUGGUAUUCCUACGAGUUUCGUCAGGUUGGACGCGAUUCUCAGCUUGAAGUGAACACGAUCAUGCGGGAGGGCGUCCGUCGUCUACGAAAGAGGCCCGAGCUCCUAAAUGAAUCACUGGCUGCGCUUUCACUCACCCGUCAAACAACACUGACAUCUUCCUUCCUCACUACCCUUACGCGUGGCGGACCUUCUGGUCUCCCUCGACCUAUUGAGCUCCAUGCUCACGAUCCUCUGAGGUAUAUCGGCGACAUGCUUGCAUGGGUUCAUCAAGCUAUUGCCGCUGAACGGGAGCUCCUCGAGGCCUUGUUUAGUAUCAAGGAAGACGGCCGUUUGAUUGGUAGUGCGAGAGAGUUUGCUGAGAAAGGCAAGAUGAACGAGGAAGAA